AUGGAGUCGUUGAGGAAGAGCAAUACUGAGGCUUACAUCACCUUCAUGCCUGGCAUUGAAUAUCUGGAGGACCCCUGGCGCAAUACAGAGCUUUUACUGAAGAAAAUGCGAAGUGACUGGUUCUUGUGGAAUGGCGGGAAAGUAUCCCGCAAGGAGAUCAGUGACCUGCACGAAGUUUUCACAAUCAAGGGGCUGCCAAAUGUGCUGGCCAUCAUCAACUGCUCCGGUCUCGGGUUUGGCCAUAAGAAAUCGUCCAGACCACGAGGCAGAUGUGUGCCAUGGCCAACGGCCAAAUUGAGCCUGGCGACGGUGACGCGACAGGAUGCCGACGGCUCUUGGACACCCUGCGUUCCAAGAAACUUCGAUGGUGGCGCCGUCAUUGGCGGCACAAAGGAGCCAGACAACUGGGAUCCAGAACCGUCACUGAGGGUGCAGCUGCUGGAGGCCUUCGCUGAUACGUAUCCUCAUAUUCUAGAAGAUGGCGAUGACUGUACCAUUGUUCGCGCUUAUGACCUUGGGGGCAGGGGUUUUGAAUUUGUACCGUCAACGCAGAUUUCGAAAUCUGUUUUAAGGAGUACAAGAUAA